AUGGAAUUUCCUUCCAAGCCUUUGACGCAACUUACUGGAUCCAAUGGACCGGUCCACGCAUUAACAUACUCAUCUUCUCCCUCGCUGUAUAUUUUAACGGGCUCCGCCGACCGCAAUAUUCGACUGUAUAACCCUUCACGAUCCGCAGCUUCUUCUCAAUCUGUCGCUCCUCAUCAACCUCCCAAACCUAGCCAAUUGAUCCAAACUUAUUCUGCGCAUGGUUAUGAAGUCCUCUCCAUAGCAGUCGCGUCAACAAACGCUACGUUCGCAUCGUGCGGCGGUGACCGCAGCGUGUUUCUCUGGGAUGUUCAGACAGCGAAGACGAUUCGAAAGUUUGGGGGGAAUAAUGGACAUACAUCCCGGGUUAAUAGUGUCGUAUUUGCGGGAAGCGAGGAGAGCUUGUUGGUUAGUGGAGGAUUUGAUCGGAGUGUGAGGAUUUGGGAUAUCAGAGCGGGGAGCAUGAAGCCGGUGAUGGUUAUGGAGGAUGCGAGGGAUAGUGUUAGUGUUGUUUUGGCGGGGAAGGGAGGGGAUGAGGGGUAUGGGGGUGGGGAGUAUGAGAUUGUUAGUGGGAGUGUGGAUGAGAGGGUUAGGUGGUAUGAUAUUAGGGCUGGGACGUUGGAGACUGAUGUUAUUGGACGGAGUGUGACGAGCUUGAUGAGGACGAGGGAUGGGAGAGGUGUUUUGGUGGGGAGCUUGGAUGGGUGUGUUAGGUUGAUGGAUAGGGAGAGUGGAGGAUGUUUGAAGACUUAUAAGGAUGAGGGAUUUAAGAAUGAGGAGUUCAGAGUCAGAAGUUGCUUUGGAGGUAAUGAGAAGUGGGUGCUAUCGGGGAAUGAGAAUGUCAAGGGACCAGAUGGUGAAGUCGUGGUCUGGGAAACCUUGACUGGAAAUGUUUUGCAUAGGAUCAAAGUUGAAGGUUCGGAAGCCGAAGGCAAGAAAAAGAUUGGUCGGGAUGGUAAAGAGAAAGAACGUACGAACGUUAUCAGUGCCAUCGCCUGGAAAGAAAAUGGCAAAGGGGACCAAUGGUGCUGUGCUGGUACCGAUGGAAUAGUCACUGUUUUUGGACCGUCAUGA